GUAUCCAUAAGAUGAGGGAAUGGUGGCUACACGGAAUGAUCUUGGAAUGAGUCGGUCAAUAUCGAAAGAUUUAACUGUACAGGUAGGCUGAGUAGUCACGUAGUAAAAGAUCAUUGCUUUACAGAAUUUAUUUUUUAAUAUUUUAUUAUACAAGUAAUAAUUAUUAGUAACAAUUUUAUUAAAUAAUGAAAGAAAAAUGGAACGUGUUAGUGACUGGAGGUGCUGGGUAUAUCGGCUCUCAUACUGUAUUAGAAUUAGUUAAACAGGAUUUUACAGUGGUGGUCAUUGAUAAUCUUGGAAAUGCUUACAAAGAUCCGAACGCUAGUAAACCAGAAUGUGUUUUACGUAUAGAAAAACUUUCCAAUAAAACAGUUAUAUUUGAAGAAUGUGAUAUUACAGAUUUAGGUGCUUUAAAAAAAUUAUUUAAAAAGUACAAAUUUCAAUGUGUCACUCAUUUUGCUGCUUUGAAAGCGGUCGGUGAAUCAUGUCAAAAACCUUUAGAAUAUUACAAAACAAAUGUCGGAGGUACUCUUAAUUUGUUGCAAGUAAUGAAAGAGUAUAAUGUCAAAAAUCUAAUUUUUUCAAGCAGUGCAACUGUUUAUGGUGUACCGGAAAAGUUACCACAAACUGAAGAAAUGGUAACUGGUAACUGCACUAAUCCUUACGGAAAAACAAAAUUUAUGGUAGAAGAAUUUUUAAAAGAUUUAUGUACAGCUGAUAAAUCGUGGUCAGUAAUAUCUUUAAGGUAUUUUAAUCCCGUUGGCGCACACCCAUCUGGUGAAAUUGGAGAGGAUCCGAAUGGAAUUCCUAAUAAUUUAAUGCCAUUUAUUGCUCAAGUUGCUGUUGGUAAACGAGAUGUAUUAUAUGUUUACGGUGAUGAUCAUGAAACACACGAUGGUACAGGUGUUAGAGAUUACAUACAUAUAAUGGAUUUGGCUAUUGGUCAUGUAAAAGCUAUCACUUACCAAAGUUCUCGAGAUGUCAAAGGUUUCAAGCCUGUAAAUUUAGGUACUGGACGAGGCUAUUCAGUUUUAGAAAUGAUUAAAGCAUUCGAGAAAGCUUCUGGAAAAAAUCUCAAUUAUAAAAUCGUUAAGAGACGACCUGGAGAUAUAUCGUCUAGUUAUGCCGAUGCUUCAUUGGCGCAAAAAGAAUUUGACUGGGUUGCUACAAAAAAUAUUGAUGACAUGUGCGCUGACACGUGGAAUUGGCAAAAAAAAAAUCCUAAUGGAUAUAAAAAGCUAAAUGAAAAUUAACUGCUGUCAAUAAAAAUGGCUGCCAAAUAAAAAAAAACCAAAUUGUACUAAUGUGCAAGUGUAUUUUAU